GCUGGCUGGCUGUUUCGCCAUGUGUGCCGACUGGCGUCCGUCAGCGGGAAGGCAGCAGAGGCGGAGAGGAGGGGAGGAAACGCGUGUUUACACAGACGGCAGAGCGCCUGGGGAAUCGUCGGCGAGAGGAAGUGAGCCGCCGGCUCUGCGUCUGCCCGCUCCGUCCGACUUCCUGCUCGGAGAAAGAAAAAGCGCAGGAUCCGAUUUCAGGCCGAGCACAAGCCGCGUAGCGAGCAUGGAAAAACAACCAGUUUCUCCGGCGGCGGCGGCGGCGGCGGCGGCGGUGGCGGUAACGGCGACGGCGGCGUCGCGCUAAACUUCCUCGGCGGGCAAGAAAGGCCACGGAAGUCAUCGCAGCUAUGGACAGCGCCAUCACCCUGUGGCAGUUCCUGCUGCAGCUGCUGCUGGACCAGAGCCACAAGCACCUCAUCUGCUGGACGUCCACGGACGGCGAGUUCAAGCUGCUCAAGUCCGAGGAGGUGGCCAAGCUGUGGGGGCUGCGCAAGAACAAGACCAACAUGAACUACGACAAACUCAGCCGGGCGCUGCGAUACUACUACGACAAGAACAUCAUCAAGAAGGUGAUCGGCCAGAAGUUUGUCUACAAGUUUGUCUCCUUCCCCGAGAUCCUCAAGAUGGAUCCCCAGAUGGUGGAGAUGGGCUUAGCUUCCGGAAGGUUCCCCGCCCUGCAGGAAGGCGAGGCGCCCGCACCGGACGCGGACGAGGAGGAGGAGGCGGCGGCGGCGGCGGCGGCGGCGGAGGAAACGGAGGAAGAGGCCGAGGAGUCCCGGAGGAGGGCGCGGGCGGCCGUCCUGGGCUUGCAGCAGAGCCGGAACGAAUACCUGCGCUCGGGCCUGUACUCGUCCUUCAGCGUGGCCUCGCUCCAGAACCAGCCCGAGCUGCUCAGGGUUCUGCAGGAGGAGCCGCGGUCCGUCAUCCGCUUCGGCGCCAACGACGCCAAAGCCGAGGCCUACGUCUCCCCCGGGCCGCCCGCCCGAAGCCGGGGCAACCGGGACGAAGACGAGGGGGAGGAGCGGGAGGGGGACUUCUCGGAGCCGAGCGCCCAGCCCCUCAACCUCUCGUCCGGGCACAGGGAACGGGCCCUGCGGCCCCCUCCCGAAAAGAGGAGCGGCGGCGGCGGCGGCGGCGGAAGAAGCUCCUCCUCGUCAACCAGUAGUUGUAGUCGAGGAGACGGACUGCCGGCCAGAAGCAAAAAGCCCAAAGCUCUGGACAUCUCGGCCCCGUCCCUGCUGCUGGCGGGCAGCGACAUCGGCUCCAUCGCGCUCAACAGCCCGGCGCUGCCGUCCGGGUCGCUCACCACCGCCUUCUUCGCGGCGCAGACUCCCUCCGGUCUGCUGCUGGCCCACAGUCCGCUCUUGUCCGGGAUCCACUUGUGGAGCAGCCUCAGCCCCGUGGCCCCGCUCAGCCCCGCCCGGCGGCAGGGCCACGCCUCCUUGUUCCAGUUCCCCAGCCUAAUCAACGGACACAUGCCUGUCCCCCUGCCAAGCCUGGAAGGAGCCCCCUCCUCGUCCUCCGGUGCCCACAAAUCCUGAUCCGGUGCCCCCCCCCCCCCCCCUUCAUCCUGGUCAACAUCCUUUUGUGACCUCAUUUGUGGUUUUUUUUUUUUUUGUCUUGGGGUUUUUUGCACUUGGGUUGCUUGAGGCGGCAGCGGUGAAAGCGCUCGGUUAAAACCAACCAAAAAUGUAAAAAAGAAAAGGAAGCCAUAACGCUGGCGGCUCGAACGCAGCUCGUUUCUAACGCUUUUGUCUUUUUUGUAUUGUAUGUAACAUAUGCACUAUGCUUCCAGAUAGUACCGGCUGUGCCUUAAUUUUGUCCUCCCGUCCCAACUUCUCUUCAUGAAAAUCCCCCCCCCCCCCCUUUUUUUUUUUAAAAGUACUUUCCUCUUUUUUAUACUGGAUGUGGUAUACAGUGUGUAUUCUGUAUAAUUUUGUAUCGUGAAGAACGUCAUCCAUUUUCAAUAAACCAAGCAUUGAAUGCUUCAA